GCAAAAUGGAGUGAGCGUCUGAUGAUGGUUUAGUCCAGCGUCUAAUGUUACAUAAUUAGUUAUUGUCGCAGCCGCUAUUGAGAGUUUGCGUUGUAUGGAGAAGUAACGCUGCACGGGCGCUGUUGCUACGAAGAGAAGCUACAAAGGAAACUCAACUUCAAAGAAACAUCGGGUCGUCUCACGUUUGAAACCUCUGCAACUAAAGUCAUCCAGGCUGGUAACGCAAUCGACUCAAAACAAUGGCGCAAGUAACCGGAGAAAGCCUCAAAACCGAGCUGGAGGUGUUCGGCAUUCAGUGCCACGAUGACGCCGUCCUCGAUAAGAUGGUGGAGCAGUGUAUUUGUAGCAGGAUCCAGGCAGGUGAGAUGGUGUUUCAGUGGGUGGCCUACAGCUCCUCUAAUGGACUGAAACUCACCACGGACACCCUGGAGCAGUUCGAUCACGAGGUACCGGUGUUACUGACGCCAAAGCGCCGUCCUUACCUGUCGGCCUUUUUUUUUAAACGUACCGUGACUUGGUUUUCUUUAAAGGUGUUGAACAAGAAGAGUAAAUCCAAAAAAAACUUCACAAAAGAAGAAGCUCGUAACAGAACCAAAGACAUCCACUCGCUGUCGGACUUAAUCAAAGCCGAGGAAGAAGAGGAGAGUCUACUGGACGCGUACUCCACCCCUGGCAAGGGUUCUCAGAAGCGCGCACUGACCACUCCUGAACACCCUCGCUCGAAAAGAGGCGCAGCUCUGCUGAGCAGCCCGAGCCUGCUGCUGUCUCCUGCUAGCUUUUCUCCCAGUGCAACGCCCUCACAGAAGUACAGCCAGCGAGGAGCCAAAGGGGAGGUGGUGGUUUCGUUCGGGGUGGUUCAGGGGACCCGCUGGGCGGGCAGACAGACGCCCGGCGCCGGCGUCCAGCUGGGGCUCCUGGAAGGACCGGAAGACUCUCUCUGCUGCAGCUACAAGUACAUGUUCCAGAGGCUGCGCGACAUUCGAAACGUGCUGACGGAGAAAAUAGAGGAGCUCGGCAACGGCCUCAAGUCCCACUUCAAUAUUGAGGAGCUGGCACCCGUCUCUCUGCCCGCUCAGGACAGUAUCACAGUAGUGGGGCAGAUUUGCUGCGACAGCAAUGGCAAACUGAACGCACACUCGGUUCUGUUGGAGGCGGGGUCAGAGCAAGGCGGCCAGCAAGUACCUGUUGACCUAUCGGAGCUCAAAGAGUACUCCCUGUUUCCUGGUCAGGUGGCGGCGUUGGAGGGAAUGAACACGACGGGGAAAAAACUGAUGGCUUCCAAACUCUAUGAGGGAGUCCCUCUUCCUUUCUACUCUGCAGAAGUGAAAAUGGAGGAGGACAAAGAGCCGAUGAAUGUCCUUGUGGCCUGUGGACCCUACACGCCUUCCGACAGCCUGACCUUUGACCCUCUACUGGACCUAAUCAGCAUUAUUGUCAAGGAUCGUCCUGAUGUCUGUCUGCUGUUGGGUCCAUUUGUGGACUCCAAGCACGAACAAAUUGAGAAAGCUCAGGUGACCGAGACAUUCGAGGCCAUUUUCUCAAGAUGUAUCGAAAGCAUCGUCGAUGGCACUAAAAGUGUCGGCUGCCGCCUGGUGUUUGUGCCGUCCCAGAGAGACAUCCACCAUCAUUUCAUCUACCCACAGCCCCCCUUCACCCUGCCAAACCUCAGCAAGGACCAAGCCCAGCGCGUCACCCUGACCCCUGACCCCUGCACCCUGCUCAUUGACGGAGUGACCGUCGGCCUGACUUCCACCGACAUCCUCUUCCACAUGGGCGCGGAGGAGAUCAGCUGCGGCACCGGAUCGGACCGAUUUACACGCAUACUGAAGCACAUGCUGACUCAGAGAAGUUACUACCCGCUGUACCCGCCGGUGGACGAGGUGAACAUGGACUACGAGAAGUUUCAGAGCUUCGGUCAGAUGCCGCUGACUCCCGACGUCCUCAUCGUUCCCUCCGAGCUGCGCUACUUCGUAAAGGAUGUGGUCGGCUGCGUGUGUGUCAAUCCCGGGCGGCUGACCAAAGGCCAGGUGGGCGGGACCUACGGCAGGUUGCUGAUUCAGCGCAGCGCUGCGUCCGAAGGCGGGAGCAGAGUGAGCCCCUGUUUGGCAGCUCAGGUCGUUAAAAUCUGACACUGAAAGGACACUGAUUGCUUAACUGGGAUCUGUUCACUUGCAGCUUUGAACUCUGCUGUCCAGGCACGCUGAUGUCUAAAUAUGUUCAACAAAAACCCCAAUAAUUUACUGUACCGUGGUUUAUUUUUACAUUACAAACAUGUCUGGUGGCGUCAUCAAUCACAUUGAAUAUCAAUCUCUCAGGCUAAACAGCCAUAACAAUGUCUUUUCAAUAAAUUAUUCUUCAUAUUGUU